UGUGUCAGCGCGGGCCGCCGUGUUUUGGCCUGCUGCCUUACAUGGGCAAACCUCUGAUCUGACUGAGACGGCUGGAAUUUCAGGGCGUGACGUCACUGCCUUCAACUCUCCCACUAUUUGGAUCAAGAAAAGUUGGGACUUCUCCUUUUUUGGGGGGGCUUUUUUUUUUCUUAACUUGGUAAAGGACUUCAGCCUCUUUGCUCGGUUCCUAGAAAGCGAGAUUUCAACACACUGCAAAAGGCUUCGAGUGUCGACCAGAAAUUCCAAAGAGGAAAUAAAGGUGACUGAUCCUGUGAUCCCGACCAUCCUCAGUGUUAAUAUUUAGAGCCAUGUGGAACCCACCAAAUGACCAGAGCGGACAGGUAGCUGCCAGAAUGGAGACGACUCCGUCUUUGGGAAGCGCCAGCAUCUCCAUCUCUCAGCAGCAGGCCCCCAAGAAGUUUGCCCCCAUGGUCGCACCCAAGCCCAAGUUCAACCCUUACAAACAGCCGGGAGAAGCCCCCCAGUCCGAGCCUGCAGUGGACUUCCCUCCCCCUCCGCCACCUGCCGAAGACUCCACCGGUAUCCUAUCAUCACCGACUUCCUUCCCUCCUCCGCCACCGGAUAACUCUUACGACUACCAGAUGAAACGACCUGAGAAGACUCUGGAAGAGAGGCGCUCCAGUCUGGACGCAGAGAUCGACUCUCUCACCAGCAUCUUGGAUGAACUGGAGAGCAGCUCACCCUAUAAGCCACGAAGCAUGCAAAACGCUGGUUCCUCAGCAGGCUCUACCCCCAACGCUCCAGUGACGGGUUACAAGCGCAUGGUCAUUCCAAAUCAGCCGCCUCUGACUGCUACUAAGAGGACCAUGCCCAAACCUCAACCUCAAGGGGGGGUCUCAUCUGUCCCACCUCCGUCUGUCAGCCCUGUCGCCAAGCCGCAAAGCAACAUGGCGCCUCAACCUGUUCCGGCCUCCUACACCACAGCUUCGACCCCGAGUCAGCCCACCUUCAACGUCCAAGUGAGGUCUGCCCAACCGAGCCCCCAGCACCAAAACCCUGCUGGCCACUAUUAUAACCAGCAGCCAGUUCGUAGUCCUGCACAGGUGCAGUACAUGCCUGCCCAGCCCCAAGGUCCUGACUUUGCUUACGGGCCGCCACAACCGGGCUUUUCCCCCAUGGCAUAUCAGGAACAGCAGUACCCUGGAGGACCUCAGUUUGGGGGAGUAGGCUCCAGGAGACCCGAUCCAGUCCCGGCCCAGGCAUACCAACCUCCUGGCCCCAAGAAAACCUACAUCACAGAUGUUCCCCCAAGCUUGGCUCCAUAUACCUCCGGACCAGAUGUUCAACCCAAGGGCGGUGCUCCAGCAGCGUACCCAGAGGACGAGCUAGAACGCCUGACCAAAAAGAUGCUGUUUGACAUGGACAACCCUCCAUCCGAGGAAUAUUUUGGACGCUGCGCCAGCUGUGGGGACAAUGUGGUGGGCGAGGGCACCGGCUGCACCGCCAUGGACCAGGUGUUCCACGUCAACUGCUUCGUCUGCAUGACCUGCAGCACCCACCUGCGUGGCAAGCCCUUCUACGCUGUGGAGAAGAAGGCGUACUGUGAGCCCUGCUACAUCAACACUCUGGAGACCUGCAACAUCUGCAGAAAGCCAAUCAUGGAGCGCAUCCUGCGGGCGACGGGCAAGGCCUACCACCCUCACUGCUUCACCUGCGUGGUGUGUCACCGCAGCCUGGACGGGAUCCCGUUCACCGUGGAUGCCUCCAACCACAUCCACUGCAUCGAGGACUUCCACAAGAAGUUUGCUCCACGCUGCUGUGUGUGCCAUGAGCCCAUAAUGCCGGCACCGGGCCAGGAGGAGACGGUCCGUAUUGUGGCCCUGGAUCGUGACUUCCACGUGAAGUGUUACCGCUGCGAGGACUGCGGCUCUCUGCUUUCUGAGGGAGACAACCAGGGCUGCUACCCUCUGGAUGGACACGUCCUCUGCAAAAACUGUAACACCAGCCGCAUCCAGGCGCUCACCGCCAAGGCCACCACUGAUCUCUGAGCGGCCUGCCGCCCGCUCAGCUCCACUGUGAUUACCCAGCAAGCACUCUUUCCUUAUUUCUUACGUGCCUUUUAUACCCAUCCACUGAAGCCCACAACCUUCGGCAUUCACACACACACACACACAACCUAUAUCCUUCUAUAUUUAUGUUCACCUUAAGUUACGAGAAACGACAUCACGCGUUCACCUUUGACAUGUAGCACUGACACGGUACAAUCACUGCAGGGACGUUUUAUGGUAUUGAACUCCGCUUUAAAGCCAGCCUCUAAUUACAGGAAGUGAGCGGCUGCCUUUCGUAUUCGCUCCCAGCCUAUCGGGUAACAAAGCCAAUGAUGCAUCACCCAGUGUUACACUAAAAGUCCCCGUCUGUAGCUGGGCUUCGCUCAGUCAGGCUGCGUGAAUGUUUCUCCCUCAGGUUUCCCAUUUCUGAUCUGAAAACCAGUCUGCCUCCCCAGUUACACGCAGCAUGUCCACCCGGCAGGUGAGGUCUGUGUGUGUGUGUGUGUGUGUGUGUGCGGCUGACGCGCCGGCUUUUUAUUUUUCCGGCCUGUUUUGAAAGUGUAGUGCAGAAACACCGACCAGCAGGGGAUUAAAUUACACAGUGGCGAGCGUAAUCCAACGCCACUUCCACAUAAACGGACGCCAAAGACCUAACGUUAGACCUCAGCGUUUCCUGUUUCCUUGUUUGAUAUGCAAGUGUACUAAAGUGCUGUUUACCUUCUGCUGCUUGGGACCACAAACAAUCAGUUCCGCUGUCAGGAGCAAAACUCCCAUCAGCUGGCUUUUUUGGUGCCUUCUUGACGCAUUAUUUUCCUCAGUGUUUCUGCUGUAUGCAGCAGAUUAACUCCAAGUGGCCUAAACCAGAACAAUCACGACUUCUCAUCAGAUUGAUGCUGCCUUAUUUAAUGAGUUUAAUGUCACCCCCCCUUUAUUUGUAGAGAAUUAUAAGAGAUACAGUGAAUACACUCCUAUGCAAUUUUCAACAUUAGGUGCAUUGACACUUUAGAAAAAUGAAAUGAUGAAAAAGGAAAUAUUUUACUUGUACAUAUUGGAAUUUAAGUGUCCUUAUAGCAACCCUUAGGUCCAAACUCUGAUGUUGGUACUGUGUGUCGCUGCGCUGUGUGACAGUAUUUACACUCAGCUCUUUUAUGUAGUGUUAGUCUGAAGCUGACGGGAGAACAAGGGACCAAGACAGAUUUCCUGGAAAGUAUUUUCAUCUAUUUUUAAGUAAUCCGCCAAGCGAACGAUCGGAUUCUUCUUCCUCUUCCGCCUAAUUGCUCCAACUAGACUCCUGAAUAUUUAUGAGUUCAAGGUACCGUGUGAAGCUUGAUACAUUGGCUGACGGCUGUUUGCUGGAACACGCGCUGAAAGGAAAAGCUCCGCCCACAAAGAUUUGGGUGGUUGGUUUUGCCCAGAAAUGAUUGUAAAUCAGUAAUUAAAGAAGCCAUCCUUCUGAUGAGUAACACUGAAGCGCCAUGUUUAGCAUUUGACUAGAAGACGUGACAGGGUGCCUUUAAGCAGCAAACACAGGGGAACGUAAAGACAGUAAAAGCCAAUUUCUGAUUUAGUUAUAGACAAAGACUUCAAUUAUGUUAUUUUUCUCUCCUUAUUGUUUCUUUCACUUUAUCUGUUCUAAUGACAAAUUAUGCUCCAAAUACAAUCUGAGAAUUAACAAAUAUCUGCAAUGCACAUCAUGCUACUGCAGAUCAGGAUGUGAUUAGACUGUGGCGAUGUUGUUACCAUGGGAACACUUUGUAAAUAACUGUUUCAGUGAGGACGUGUUCAGCUAAUCCUAAAUGCUUCGAUGACAUUUGUCAGAGGCUUUUCCCUAAAAAUAGCCCAAACUCAUGAGUUGACAUGCGACAUAUUCAGAUUUCAGGGUGAGAAGGUGGCUGGCGGACAGAAUCAGGCACCUCAGGCAGGAAGGAAGAAAUGGCCGCUUCCCCGAAGGGUUAGCAAACCUGAACUCCUCAAUCAAUUUGUUGUUGUUUUUUUUGUUCUUUGGGUGACUAAAUUAUUUGUCACAAAGAAAAUCCGAACAUCUAUGCAAAAUCAAUUUAGUCGUUUUCAUGUCGCAGAAUUUAGAGACCCGACUAGAGUCAAGAGAAAUAUCCUUUAUUUUGAGUUCAAACUGCUGGAACUCUGAAGAAAGUGUGCUUCUCUUGGUUAACAGACACAUGUUUAGGUUAGAUGAAAUAAAUUGGUAUACGCUGUUGUUAUUUAUGUAACCACCGCUGGAGCAAAAAUAAGCUAGCAGCUGCCUUUAAAUGAUUAGCCGUCACCUGCAGCAAACAAAAGAACAAAUGGAGAUUUGCAGGUAUUUUGAUGUGCUUCUGUGAAGUUCUAAUCAGAACUGGUUGCCUUAUUGGUGGUAGAUGGAUGUUACAUCUCAGUGAGUUUGCAGAAUAGCGUAGGAAUCCUCUUGGCAGUGGUUUAUGGGUUUGGGUGAGGGGUAGCUGAUAUUAGCAAAUGAAAACAGCUCCUGCAUUAGCAGAUACUGAAAGUGUACACAGUCACAAGGGUUGUUGCUGUUCCCUUACUGAACAACACCUAUGUUGCUACGCUGGUUUAAGCAGCCGGCUCCAACAAGCCGCCUAAUCAGCUGCGACUUGGCCGUCCGCUCUACGUUCGCUAAGGAUGCAGUUAACCUCUUGGCUUUUGACAUUUCUGAAAAAGUAUUGCUAAUUAAUUAUUAAUAUAAAAUUCUUGGUAUGUUCCAACAUAACAUUGUGUAGCGAUAACAACGUUGUUGUACUGCCAAUAUUCAUAAAUACAGCGCUUUACGGAGGGCCUAUCGAUAUCCAUUUUCGUUUUUUUCCCAUAACAAAUGUGUUAACGCCCUAAAUUAUGUAAAAAUUUAUACAACAUUAACAAAAAGGAUUGAUGUGCCUUGAUUAUUAAACAUAUUUAACCUGAGUUGUUGUAAAUGGAUGAAAUCACACCCCAAAUAGUGAACCAGGACAGCUGUCCACGUUAAUAUUUUAUUUCCAGCUAACACUUGAAAAGCUGUUUGUUUGGUUAAAAACAAACAAUUAAUUAGGUAAUGUUUACUAGAAUUUUUUUUUUUUAUCUAACCUAACCCACAUCCGUGUUAAGUGGAAGUAAAAUGUUGACAGAAAGUGGACGGCGGCCCUGGGUCACUUUUCUGAGUGCAUCUCAAAGUGGGCAUUUUUCCACUUUACUACAAACUGCUCUGCCACAUUCUGACCACUACAGGUCAGGGAACAUUUACUGAUAUCUCAACUAUCCCUCGUCCCCUAAAAUGAAAAUGAGUGAGUUUCUCUGUUUUCAAGUAUGAACCACAUCCUUCCUGCCUGUCAAUGAUGUCUUUAAGAACCAGUUUUCUACAAAGUGUCCCCAUGUUUUAUAUUAUCUCACUUCUUUGAAGCAUCAUAUAGUUUACAGUGUGACAUGAGACCUCUGAAAGAGAUGCUCCCACAAGUGCAAAGAUCUGUGCUCUAUGAUUGUUGUUGUCUGUAAAAGUGUCUGUAGCAGAGCAGCAGCCGAUCACUAUACUGUUGCUGUGUGUCUCCUAUCAAGUUGGCCCUCGGAGAUUUUGACUCAUUUAUGUUUUUUUAACCAAAUUAAAUAAAGUUUCCGUCUAGUAUUUCCAGCAGAUCGGAUGUUUCCGGCCGCAGCAGCUGAGUUUUAUGUAUUGAUCAGAGUGAAUUUUUCCAGCCUGUUGUCAAAGCAAAGCGUCUGUCUCUGAAACUGUAAAAGGGGCCAUCAUGUAGUAUUUCUUAUUUCUUUUCUUCUUUAAUAAAAGCUUUGCAAAAGCA